GCCUAUUUUCGUCUCGUCGCCAUUAAUAAACCAUUAUUAAUACUUUAUAGUGUCGAGAUCCUCCGCAAUAUAAUAUCUGUAGAAUGACUUCAGCUGACAAUACUCCCAUAUAACCCGACUUGCUAGAUGCGCUUAUUACGGAGGAAGUUGUAAGGGGGAUAUCAUAGAAAGAUGGUUGUAAGUUCCAAUGCAAUGGUUAAAGUAGGAGAGAUGAUGCAGUAAGAGCCACUACCGAGAUGAUAUUUCGGCUUCAACUGCCGUAAUCUUCUGCACUAACUACCUAGCUUCUAGUGAUUUAGGUUUACUUCUAAUGUCAUAUGGCUGAAACACUAAGAAACCUGCCAGGAAAUUGAAAUAGUCAGAUUGCAUAACCGUAGCGACUCACGAUGUUGCUGGCGUCAUCGUAGCUAGCUGUCCUUGCAAGCAUGAAGCCGAGCUCGUAAGCUAAUUAGAAAAUGCUACCAGCCUCAGUUUUGAUACUACCUUGCAUACCUAAGUAUAUAUAGCAUCGCGAGCCCUGCGCUGUAAGGCUAAUAUUCUAUCCAAACCUUCGGAUCUCGCGAAAGGCUCAUAUUUUGACGAACAUUCGACAUUCGAUAUGGUUAAAUUUGGGCUUCUUGCUGUCGCCCUGUUGGGGAGAGCUUCAUGCUCGGCAAUUCCUAAAGGCAAUGACGAUGGCGACAAUCUCGCGAAACGGGCUUCUACUUACUGGUACGCCAACAUGGACCAUACCGGUUCGGCCCGCGGAUAUGCUCCGGACUUGGGGACCGAUACAUACCCGGUGUACAUGGCAGUCAAAGCUGGCGAUGGCGCUGGGAUACAGAAUGCCAUUAAUGACGCGGGUAAUGGCCAAAAGCGAAAUGGCGAGUGGUUGGCAUCUCAACCGAGAGUCGUGUAUAUACCGCCUGGAACAUACGAAGUCAGCCAGACAAUUCAAAUGAAUACCGAUACUAUCCUGAUGGGUGAUGCUACGGAUCCACCCACCAUCAAAGCAGCUGCCGGUUUCUCAGGCGAUCGACUUCUCUCUGGACAGGACCCAGCGACAGGAGAGCAAGGAGAGCUUUCCUUUGCCGUUGGAGUGAAGAAUUUAAUUCUCGACACCACUAGCAUCCCAGGAGGCAACGCAUUCACAGCACUAUGGUGGGGUGUCGCCCAAGCCGCUCAGCUACAGAACGUCAAGAUUGUUAUGGCGCCGUCCAGUAACGGUCAAGGACACUCGGGUAUCCAGCUUGGAAGAGGUUCUACUCUCGGCCUCUCCGAUGUUCGUGUCGAGCAUGGACAGAACGGUAUCUGGCACAAUGGACACCAGCAAGCCCUCUAUAAGGGUAUCUACUUCUUCCAAAAUACCAUUGGUAUGCUGAUCAAUGGGGGAAACACCAUCGGCAUCAUCGGCUCGACUUUUGACACCGUUGGUACUGCUGUUCGACACGACGGCGGAUCUCCAUGGAUCGCGCUUAUUGAUGCGACAUCAAAGAACUCAGGUGUAACAUUCGCAACAUCAGGGUAUCCAUCAUUCAUAAUUGAGAACUUGACCAAGGACACCAAUACGGAUGUCGCCCAGGUUCCGGGCAAAACAGCUCUAGGCGCGCAGACUCACGUGGACACGUUCACCUACGGUAAUACCGUAGGAAACAACCCCGUUUACGCUGCGAUAACCUCGCCGUUGAACCGGCCCGCUGCCUUAGCGCCGGACGGCAAGUAUCCCGUCAAUGCUGCGCCCAACUAUGCGAAGAACCCCGUUUCGGACUUCAUCAACAUCAAGGACUCGUCUCAAAACGGCGGCCACACUGUCCUGGGCGACAACACUAAGGACGAAUCUGGAGUGCUCAACCAGGUAUUAGAAUAUGCUGCGAGCAACAAUAAGAUCGCGUAUUUCCCAUUUGGCAAGUAUAGGGUCGACGAUACUCUCGUGAUCCCGAAGGGUUCGCGCAUUGUCGGAGAAGGAUGGGCGACUAUCACUGGUAACGGCGACAAGUUCAAGGAUGCCAAGAACCCGAAGCCGGUCGUAUCUAUCGGUAAGGAGGGCGAUGUCGGUGUCGCUCAGAUUCAAGAUAUGCGGUUCACGGUUUCCGACGUGCUCCCUGGUGCCAUUAUAAUGCAAUUUAACAUUGCGGGCUCGGCGCCGGGCGACGUUGCAUUGUGGAACUCCUUAGUCACCGUUGGUGGCACGCUUGGAGCCUCGGCGCUCGGAAACGCUUGCGGAGAUGCUAGCAACGAGUGUCAGGCUGCUUUUAUCGGCAUCCAUCUCACAGCUAGCUCGUCAGUUUAUAUCGAGAACGUCUGGAACUGGGUUGCCGAUCACUUUACGGAGGGUAGCGGCGGCUGCAACAUUGCCGCCAAAGGUGGCGUUCUGGUCGAAUCCACCAAAGGAACGUGGCUUCACGCAUUGGGCAGCGAGCAUUGGUGGUUGUAUCAGCUAAACUUGCGAAAUGCGGAUAAUGUUAUGGUUAGCAUGCUCCAGUCGGAGACAAACUACGACCAAGGUGACAGCACGCAACAGACCGUCCCGGCCCCUUGGACAGCUGAUGUGACGAACUGGGGAGACCCGGAUUUCGCAUGGUGUGGAGGUGGGGAUAAUCGGUGCCGAAUGGGAUACGCCAACUUCAUCCAAGGCGGCUCGAACAUCUACACUUACGCGUCUGCAUCUUGGGCGUUUUUUAAGGGUCCAGGCAACCAGAAAUGUUCGGGAGAUUGUCAAGGUACCAUGCAUUGGAUUUCUAAAACACCCGAGAAUCUCAAGGCGUAUGGCCUAUGCUCGAAGAGCACUACCACCACACUCCACCUUGGGGACGGAACUAAUAUCAACACCCAACCAGAUUUCACCGGGUCCUGGGGAGGGUUGGUGGGUCGCUACACGCCGUAAGGGCAUGGUUCCAACUCCAUUCCAACUCCACGUGCAUUUGUUAUGACGACAUUGCUGUACUAGUAUGCAUUCCUUCGUGGGUAGUGGAUAAUAGUUAGUCGCCUAGUACAGAGUAAUAGAAUAUACACAUCUCG